UGCUCGGCCAGCAUAGUGAGAGCUCACUGAGGAGAGCUGCCGGCAUCACCCACUUCUCAGCCUCAGGGACCGCAACAAGUAUCUGCUGUGGUGGAUGGAAGGGCAGCUGAGGACGCCGUGCACGGACCGCUGUGGAUUAUAGGAUGUCAGGGACCUCCUGAGGACCGGAGCAGCAUUUCACCCUCGUCUCCCAGGACUUUACUAAAGGCUCGCCCUGCCUAUGGAGGGCGCCAUUGUGCGCUGUGUGCUCUGCCCGAUGAGUGCCCGGGGGGUGAGAGCAUGAAGUCUGCAGGAUGGGAGCGAACAAUGGCAAGUACGGCAGUGAGGGCAAAGGCAGCUCAAGCAUCUCAUCCGACGUGAGUUCGAGUACGGAUCACACGCCGACUAAGGCCCUGAAGAAUGUGGCUACUAGUGAAGAUUCUGACCUGAGCAUGCGGACACUCAGUACACCAAGUCCUGCACUAAUUUGCCCUCAGAACCUGCAUAGCUUCCAAAAUGGGAGAGGAUCAUCUACUUCAUCAUCCUCAAUUACAGGAGAGACUGUUGCUAUAGUCCAUUCGCCACCUCCCACACGUCUCACUCAUCCACUGAUACGCCUUGCAUCAAAACAUCAAAAGGAACAGGCAAACAUAGAUCGAUUGCCAGAUCAAUGUAUAAUUCAGAUAUUCUCAUACCUACCUACAAACCAACUUUGUCGUUGCGCUCGGGUUUGUCGCCGUUGGUAUAACCUAGCCUGGGACCCUCGGCUAUGGAGGACUAUUCGACUGACUGGUGAAACAUUAAGCGUGGACAGGGCUUUAAAAGUGUUGACACGUAGACUUUGUCAGGAUACCCCCAACGUCUGUCUCAUGUUGGAGACAGUAAUUGUUAGUGGCUGCAGGCGGCUCACCGAUAGAGGGCUCUACACUAUUGCUCAGUGCUGUCCAGAACUGAGAAGACUCGAAGUUUCCAAUUGUUACAACAUCUCUAAUGAAGCCGUGUUUGACGUGGUAUCAUUAUGCCCAAACUUGGAGCAUUUGGAUGUUUCAGGUUGCUCUAAAGUGACUUGUAUCAGUUUGACCCGUGAAGCUUCCAUUAAACUGUCUCCAAUGCAUGGCAAACAGAUAUCCAUCCGUUAUUUGGACAUGACUGACUGUUUUGUGCUUGAAGAUGAGGGGCUCCAUACAAUUGCAGCCCACUGCACUCAGCUCACUCACCUGUACCUGCGCCGCUGCAUCCGGAUUACCGAUGAAGGCCUGCGGUAUAUUAUGAUAUACUGUACAUCUAUCAAAGAAUUUAGUGUGAGUGACUGUCGCUUUGUGAGUGACUUUGGCAUGCGAGAAAUUGCCAAACUGGAGUCUCGUCUGCGGUACCUAAGCAUAGCUCACUGUGGGAGGAUAACAGAUGUAGGCAUCCGUUACAUUGCCAAGUACUGCAGUAAACUCCGCUACCUUAAUGCUCGUGGUUGUGAAGGCAUCACCGAUCAUGGAGUGGAGUACCUAGCAAAAAAUUGCACAAAACUGAAAUCUUUGGACAUUGGGAAAUGCCCUCUAGUUUCGGACAUUGGUUUGGAAUUUUUAGCCUUGAACUGCUUCAACCUAAAGCGCCUGAGCCUGAAAUCUUGUGAGAGCAUCACAGGUCAAGGGCUACAGAUAGUUGCUGCCAAUUGCUUUGACCUUCAGAUGUUAAAUGUUCAGGACUGUGAAGUGUCAGUUGAUGCUCUACGCUUUGUGAAACGCCACUGUAAGAGAUGCAUAAUUGAACACACAAAUCCCGCUUUCUUCUGAGAAACCAUGUAAUCCAUAAAACAUGUUAUUUCCAGUCCUACAACCACAUAAGGAAAGAAGGAAAACUUGCACAUUCAUCAAAUUAUCUUUACAAGGUUCUGCUUUUAUGUUGUAGUAGGAGAGGUAAUCGUUUUUGUAAAAUUAUUCAUCCGUAAUUCAUAUGUGAUCAUGUAUUAUGAGAUGAAUGCUUAAUAUGUGCAUGUCUGUUUUAUACCGGUGUCAGGCACUGUCAUUUUAUAACAAAGGAAACCUUCCUGUGCAUUAUGGGAUACUAUGUGACAUCUUUAAGUGUAACCUAAAUUUUAGAUGACUUAAAGGGAUUGUCUCCCUUCAGCAAAUGGCAUUUAUCAUGUAGAGAAAGUUAAUACAAGGCACUUACUAAUGUAUUGUGAU